AUGUCACCACGAAAUUCACAACGAUCAACUUCUUCGUCAGGCUCAAGCCUAGCACACCAGAUCCCAGACCCCAAUGUUUUUAGUGACGACUAUGCCCUCGAGCCGCUUAAUACCGAUAGAAGCUCGCCCUUCAAUGCCGAUGAUGACCCAACCCCCGCCUCCGAAACUCCUCCUCUGCACACUGGAGUAAAUAUAAGUCGACCCAUCAGUCCUGUCUCGUCCGUUUCGUCCUCGGCACAACCCCCUACACUAUCUCACAGAUUCCUUGGACAUCGAGAUGUUUUUUCCAUCAUUCCCAACCGGACAGCGUCUAGGGCAUCAAACACAUUCUCGGAUGUACAUAGAGCAUCAAGUACAUCGUCACACUUUUCAAUGCCUCGAGCUCAAAGCCCCUACGUAGGGGCAACAGGCCCGAGCCAUCCGUAUGGCAUGUACCCCCAAAUCACCCGAACAUCGAGCAUCGCCAGUGCCUCCACCGUACGACCAAUUGAACGCCCAUUUGUUACAGCAAAUGGCCCGGAGCAUCCAUAUGCCAUGUAUUCGCAGAACACAGUGCCAGAAGAAGACGAUGCGUCUCUCGCUCAGGCGACAAUCCCUGUUGACUUUCCGGGUAUGGGGCAGCCGUACCGGAGUGGAGGUCAGACAAGGCGAGACGAUGUCAGCGACAUUGUGGGUUCCGAUGGGCACAUAGAAGAGCUGCCACCUUACACCCGCUUUGCAGACGAGAUUGCACCCAAGGAGAGCCUUCCAAGUAUCCAGGCCGUCCAUUUACCAGCAGUCGUGCCACAGGAAGUACCAAUGUCACCCCAAUCUCGGCAUACGCAGCAUGUCGAGACUGUUGUCGAGCUGAGCAGUACUUCCUCAAGGAACGGAUGCAGUAACUCCAGCGUCGGUUUCAAAGAAAAAAUCAAGCAGAAGGGUAGGCAAAGAGUGUGCGGUGGUCUGCCGUUCUGGUUCUUUUUUGUCAUCAUCGGUGUGCUCCUCUUGGGAGUUGUUCUAGGUGCAAUAAUCGGCGGCGUGAUUGGAAGCCAAAAAGGUGCUUCGCCUAGUGCUACUGCUGAUCCUUAUCAGAAUUCAUCCCACCCCACUGCGACGGUGACGUCAACAGCCUUCAUUGAUGGAGUACCUCUUGCUACCGGGCAACCAGUGGCCUCUGUACCCACGGGCCAAUACAACGUUCCCACAAACGGCAACGAGGUUAAUUCCAAGGCUUGCAUCAAGAAUCAUACCCUCGUUGAUACUUGGGGUUGUUUGGCUUCUUCUGGGAUGGGAAUUACAGUGACAGGUCAAGGGUGGGGGGCCAGCAUUACUCUUGACUCUUACCCGUUAAGUAGCUCAUUCAUGUAUGGAGCACAACCACCGGACCUUGGUACACGGCCGCUCGAUCUGACUCCGUCAAUGGAUCAAGAUUCGAGUGAUCUUGGUCCCUCUCUCUUUGCUUUCACUUAUUACGACAAACUUACAAUUUUACAUGAACAAGCUCUGAUACCAAAUGGGCAGUACAGGAGAAAAGAUGACAGCCACAUAUAUGGAAUGCCUGAAGAUAAGCCAUGGUUCUGCUGGUUCAAUGAGACAUUACUUGAAUUCUUCAUUUAUGUCGACAAAUCUGUCAAUUCAUCAGCAACCACCCCCGCCGCCACUGCUACUCCCUCAUCUCCCUCUACAACACCUUCGACCUUCACAACACCAUCAAGCACAACCUUAGGCUCUUCGCUCCCUCCACCCGCGGCGUUUACAGGAAAGCCUUCAGGUUCGCCAUAUGGGCCGCCUGAGGAUUUUGUCAACCAUCACACUACCGAGUCAGGCUACAAUCGAAGGCGAAGCGAUGACAAGCUGCAAAAACGGAAGAGGUACGAUGACUACCCUCUCUUGAUGAAGGUUGAAGAAAAGCGAAAACCCCGCGGCAAUGUUCCACCAUACUGUCAACAGAUGCAAGUCUUGGACAGUGGAGAGAUUGUACCCGUUCCUUAUGUGGCUCAGAUCUCUGUACAGGAAAUAGAAGAUAUGGAUGAUGAUAAUCAGAAUCGAUUUAGACGGAGAGGUGACGCAGAGGAUCUAAGUCGCGGUUGUGCUUGUGAAUGGAUCAGCUGGUAG